UCACACAGACAGACCCAGUCACACUCAGCUGCCAGGCUCCUUCACAUCCCACUUUGUCAGAGUGUUAUUUUCGUAUGGUGAGAGGACAACCUGGCCGACGUUUCCCUUGUCGGCACACGCUGACAGGAAGUGAGCUGCUGAGGCUCUCCAAUCAGAGUUCACCUGCUGAGGUUCAAGUGACGUGCUUUUACCUUCACGUGUCUCAGUCUCCGGACAGUGAUCUCUCCUCCAUCAUCAUUCGAACUCUUCUUCCACCGACCCUGACAGUGAGUCCAGCGGUGAUCAACGAGACCGACUCAGUCACCCUGAACUGUCUCACUCCUUCAUCUGUUUCUGUGUCUCUGUGUUAUUUCUUCACUCUAAGUGGAGGAACUGUCAGAGAGCUCUCAUGUCUGCAGACGCUGACAGGACGUGAGCUGCUGAAGACGGCCCAUCAGAGUCCCCCCGCUGGCGUUCAGCUGACGUGUUUCUACACUGUAAAGGUUGGAGAGAAAAAUUAUCCAUCGCCACACAGUGACACAUCGUCCAUCUCCAUACACAGGAGGACUGUUGGUACAACAAGUACCACUGGUACAAGUAUCUCUACUUUCCCACCAUCAGUGAACCCAGCAGCAGCCUGGUCUACCAAAGAGGAUGAUUUAGCUGUUAGCAAGCUACCCCAGUCCAGCCCAUGGGAGGACUGUUGGUACAACAAGUACCACUGGAACAAGUAUCUCUACUUUCCCACCGUCAGUGAAACCAGCAGCAGAACACAGCUUCCUGUUUUUCUUCAUGUUGUGGAAGCCAAACUGUUUCAGACUCGUAUCGUUGCAGAAGCGGUGGUUCUGAAGUGUGUAGCAGCCGCGGCUGGCUGUGGAGUCACGGUGGGCGUCCUCUUGCUUGUUUCUGCAACCCUCUGCAGCAAAAGAAGAACUGCAGGUUCUGAAGAAGUAAAAAGACUAGAGCCUCAAAACGAGAAUUGUGACACAUACCAUAUGUACUCCAUCAUCGCUGAGCCAGCUGCCUCAGGCCUGAAGGGUAGGGUGUACAGCACGGUGCAGCCACACUGACACCUGGAAGAGAGGCAGACCCCCUCCA